UUAGUAAUACAAAUAUAGACACAAUUAUAGCAGAUGUGCUUUCUCUCAACAGCUUUGAGGGUGAGCAAACUAGUGUAGCUUCAAUGAAAGAUGCUAACCAUGGGGAUGCUAAUAUAAAUGUCCACGUCCAAUUAUCCGAACUGAAGAGGCAGAGGGAAUUGUUAAGCAAUCUUGCUAGCAGCUCCGACAGUUGCUCCGGUAAAACUGUAAAGCAACCAAGCAGUUUUGUGCAGCCAAAAGAGGUGGAUUCUCGAACAAAUCUUGAUGGACCUAACGGUGAGGUGCGGCCUGUUUCCCUUGAUGAGAUAUCGUCCUCGGAAAAUGAAGGUAGUGAAAGGGAGGAUCGUUUGUUGGAGAACUGUGGAAUUCUUCCAAACAACUGUCUGCCUCGUCUUAGUCUUACCUCUACUGUUGUGCCAGUUGAGAAGAGAUCUCUAAGCUCUAGUCCUCGAAGUUCAAGAAAGAAAGCUGCCUUAAAACUUCCCUUUAAAUGGAAAGAAGGAAAUUCUCAUGCCACUCUACUUGCAUCUAAAACCCUGCUUCAAAGGCCCAUAGCUGGUAGCCAAGUACCAAUUAGCCCAUUGGAGAAGAAGUUGCCUGAUAGUUGGUCCCAUAUUGAACCGAGUACCUUCAGGGUCCGGGAAGGAAACUAUUUCAGGGACAAAAAGAAAGAGUUUGCUGCAAAUUAUGCAGCAUAUUAUCCUUUUGGUGUUGAUGUAUUUUUAUCUCAGAGAAAAAUUGAUCAUAUUGAUCGACUUGUGGAACUUCCUGUCAUUGAACACUCUGAGACACUUCCAUCCAUUCCUGUAGUGAAUAUUCAGGUGCCACUAUAUCCUGCCGCGUUUUUUCAGGGUGAAAGUGAUGGUGAAGGAAUGAGUUUUGUCUCAUACUUUAAGCUUUCCGAAAGUUAUGCUAAGGAACUUCCUUCUCAUUUUCAAGAUAACAUCAGAAGGAUAAUGGAUGAGGAAGUGGAAAAAGUGAAGGCUUUUCCGACAGAUGGUACUGUUCCCUUUAGGGAACGGUUGAAGAUAUUAGGUCGUGUAGCAAAUGUGGAGGACUUCCGGUUAAGUGCAACAGAGAGGAAGAUUAUGCAUGCCUACAAUGAAAAACCUGUUCUUUCACGUCCUCAACAUGAAUUCUAUAAGGGAGAAAAGUAUUUUGAGAUUGAUAUAGAUAUGCACAGAUUCAGUUACAUCUCUAGGAAGGGUUUUGAAACAUUCCUAGAUAGGCUAAAGCUAUGUUGCUUGGACGUAGGCCUCACAAUUCAGGGUAACAAAGCUGAAGAACUUCCAGAACAGGUCUUAUGUUGUGUACGGUUAAAUGAAAUCCAUAUGAUAUGGCAAUUAAAUGAAGUUACUGUUAGCUCAUUUGUGUACUUGCUUGUGCCUCCAUAUCUCCCCCUUCUCCCAAUUGAUAGAGUUUUCAGCGCUUCGUAAUGUAUUUUAUUAUGAGGAUAUACAUGUAGCUGGUUUCAUACAGUAACAGAGCCUCAAGCCGGUUCGGCAAAAUCCAAUAGCUUUGGCUCAGACCUUGUAUUUUUGUUAAAAGAAUUCAUUUAAUAUGUAUAAAUAAUUUCCAAAUCCCAGUAAAUUGCCUCA